AUGGCAAAGAGGUGUAUGACCGUCUUCUCUGCGUCUGGCUGGAGCAGAGCGGUGAUGUCUCGCCCAAGGAAAAGCUCGCGCACGGUCGCUUCCUUGAUGGGCUGCGCGGACACUUGCGAGUUCGGGAUCCGACCGGAUGGGUAUGCCUUGCGCCUCGGACGACCUCUAGGGGAUCAGACGAGCACGCUCAGCUUGCUCGAUGGCCAAGCCAAGUCCAUCUGA